AUGGCCGUCCUAAGCCAGGUGCUGGCUCAAGACCCUACAGACCAGCCGGAUCCUCCAGCUCCUACCCCUACCGGAAUCGAUGUCUUCGCGAAUGUGACCCUGUAUGAGCCCGAUGGCUCCGUGCAAGUAACAACGCCGCGUACCGAAAGUCUCCCAAACAACACGGUACUCGCGGCGUGGAACGAUCCAUCAUCGAAAGGCUCGAUUGCCGUGUACCGUUCCAAGAACAGUGGAUACUCGUGGUAUCCACUUGGGACAGCAACUUCAGACUCUGGGAAAAGAUUGUUGCAACCACACUUGCUGUACAUCAAUGGAACAUACGGAGACGACACGGGAACCACUCUCCUAGCGGUAAACGCAGUGGAUGACAGGACCACGACUAUUGAACUCUAUACCUCAGGUGACCAGGGCGAAAGCUGGGACCUUGCGAGUGAGAUUGUCAGCGGUGGACCGCUGAAUAAUGCGACCGCUGCAGUGGCCAAUCCCUAUCUCGUACACAAUGGCAACUCGAUCACUGUAUUCUACACUGGUGCAGGAGACAAGACACACGCCCAGAAGAUCGUCCAACAAACGACUACCGAGAACUACGAUAGCUGGGAUAGCCCAGUCGACGUUGUAACGUCGCAAUUCCAGUCCGAUCAGCCUGCAGCUCCCAGUAUUGCCAAGAUUGCAAACAACAAAUACAUUAUCGCCUUUCAAUAUGGGUUGCGUAAUGCCAACGCGAGCACCUACACAUACCCGAUCUACUACAAGAUCACCUCUAACCCACAAAACGCCGCGAGCGACCGCACACGCGAUAUCCAUGUUGAUACUGGCCUCGUACCUAGUGGCGUGCCCUCGGUGACCUGGACUCCGUUGGGAGGGCCAAACGGGACGAUAGUGCUGAGCGAUUCCAAGUCGAACUCCGUGUUCGUCAAUCAAUACCUGGGAGAGGGAGAGUGGUGGGAGUUGAGCACCACUGCUGGGCGAGCAUUUGGGCGUGAGGUUACUGUUCCUCCGAAUGAUCAGAAAAAGCUCAGGUUUGCAGGCGGGGCGGAAUGGUCGGGCUCGGGUGCAAGCCAGAUUUUGAUCACGGUCAUGGACCUCCAGAAGGCAUUGGGGGCGUAACGAUGAGGUCUAGACCGUAGCCAUACUAAAGAUCUAAUAUGAAAAACGUCUGAUCCGAACUGGCACAACUCGUGCGGUUCGGCCUUACACUUGAGCUCAGUCGACAGUGAUCUCCGGCUGUCUGUGUCAGCGAUAGACUAAUCGAACUCAUCGUUCGGCUU